AAUAAAUGACAAGCAAGCGAGCGGAGGAAAUUGAAAACAAAUAGGAAUAGGAAAUGCCAAAGAAAAAAGAAAAACAUAAAUGAAUAAGGACACGGAUUCUCCCCCCAAAAAGAGAAAAAUAGCAGCCACGUGUACCAACAUUUUGUCACCGUCAGUCACUAUAAAAUCAACCCGACGACAGCAACUGACCCGGUUGGAUAAUCCAGUUAAUUUCAAUUUUCAUCUAGAUCUUCAUAGGGGUUUUUCUUUUCUCUCCCCCAAUCUUCCCCCAAAUUCAGCUUGAGUUACAAUUAGGGUUUUCCGAAGAUGCCGCAGAGACACUCCAAGAACAACAACGAUCUCGCUUUCUUCACGUACGAUGAGAAACGAAAGUUAGGUUACGGAACACAGAAGGAGAGGCUGGGUAAAGACUCAAUUAAGCCUUUCGAUUCUUGUUGCCUCUGCUUAAAACCCUUCAUUGAUCCAUUGUGUUGCCAAAAAGGACAUGUCUUUUGCAAAGAGUGCAUUCUUGAAUGCCUUUUGUCCCAGAAAAAGGAUAUCCACAGAAAGUUAGCUGCUCAUACUGGUCAGCAGAAGCAAGAAAAAGAAGAUGAAGAGGAGAGGUUGAUGCUGCAGAAAGCCAGGGAGCUUGAUGCAUUUGAUCAACAAAAUCAUGGUCCAGUUCCGCAAUACAACGAUAAGAACUACAGCAGAGACAAGAAUGGAUUCCAUGGGGCCAACAGCGUGAAAGCAACUUCUUAUGAGGAGGAAGCACUUAGAACCAUGAAAGCAUUUUGGUUGCCCUCGGCAACACCAGAUGCACCUGCUAAAGUGGAAGCCCCAUCCACAAGCACAAUUUGUCCUGAAGGGAAGGAAAAAAUUAAGAUGAAAAACCUUUUCCCUAUACACUUUACUGAAGAUACCAGUGCACAAAAGAAACACAAGUCUCUUGACAAGAGUUUCAUAUGUCCCAGUUGCAAGGUCACACUCACCAAUACUUUGUCACUUGUAGCACUUAGUACUUGUGGACAUGUCUUCUGCAAGAAAUGUGCAGGGAAAUUCGUGGCUGUUGACAAGGUUUGUGUGGUCUGUGACAAACCAUGUAAAGAUAGAAAUCUGGUGAACUUGGAGAAGGGUGGAACAGGAUUUGCUGGCCAUGGAGAUAAUCUUGAAGCAAAAGACUUCAAACACUUGGGCAGUGGAAGCGGGUUGGGCCUGGUGAGGCCUGCCAUGAAGACAUAGCUUGCAGUAUAUCAGUUUGCUCAUUAGAAAUAGUGGGGCUUGGUUGUGGUGUAUUGUAAUACGGUAUGGCAUCUUCUACCCGGACAACUGAGUAUUUUCCUUCGUCGUGUUUAUUCAACUAUAGCUCUGCGAACGCAAUGUAACUUAUAGCCUUUCCAAUUCAAAAGGGUUUUAUUUAAUUUGAUGAUAAUUGAUUGGAA